AUGAGACUCCGAAACGAUAAAAGAAUCGGCCAAGAACGACCACAGACUCCCCCGACUCCGGGGACACCACAGUCCGAGGACUCUGUUGCUCCCUGGGUUAAAGAUGAGGUGUCCACGGAAAAGGGCCCCAGAUUCCUGGAGGAUAUUGUCGCAGAUGAAGUCACGUACCCUCUAUGUCGAAUCCUCUGGCAGUUCGUUCUCUCCCCUCUCUGGUGGAUGCUCCGCCCGACUAUCUGGGGGUAUUUACUGCACCCAAUUCUCUGGGAGAGGGUUAUACGACAAGGUCUCUGGGAGGGCAUCUCUCGGCAAAUUUUGUGGGAGGGUGUGAUGCAGCACAUUCUCUUUAAGACGAUUCUGCAAGACGUUUUGGGAGAGAAGAUGUUUCUCCCUCUUUAUCAGAUAUGCCAGGUGGUGCUGUUCCCUCGACUACAGACGAUCUGGGAGACGAUGCUGUUCCCCCUUUACCGGCAACUCGUGGAGACAUUACCCGCAUCGGCACGUUGGAAGAUAAAGUCAGCAUUGUCUCCUGUAUAUCGAUACUUGGAGAAGACAUCAGGUCCGAUACGAACGAUUGUCUGGGACUCGAUAUUGCGCCCUGUACUAAGUCGAGUACGCCCAGAAGAGCUGUUGUCACUGCUCUUCGUCCUGAAUAUCUCGUUCAAGAUCACCUUCCGGUCAAGUAAUGCAUACAUAUUUGCACGCGGGUACCGACCUGACACAGACGAGUUCUCGGAGCGAUCGGAGACAGAGUUUGGUCAGAUCCCUUUCCAAGACAAGUACACGUGGUGUUGGUUGCUUCAGUGGAUAGCAUGGUUUAUGUGGGGGCGGUAA